CGUUCUCCUGUGACGUAACGCUUCGGUAUGGCAGCCGGGCCCUCGACUGGAGCUCUCUGUAAAUAAAGACGUUUACACGGAGUAUUUUGACCGGACGGUCGCGUUAUAAGCAGCGAUCGAUGAUCGCUGGCCGUUAGGCGUCCUCGGAGCUGCUCUCGUGGGGAUGUCUCCCUAUCUCUCGGGUACUUUGGAUGUUUUACUGCUCUGAGGAAUGAAACGUUACUAUGAACCGGCAGUAAACAUCAGUGUUGUUGAUAUAUAAACGCAUGUGCACCAGAGCAAUGGAGAGUGACUGUAGGAUCCCUAUGGCAUGUCUGAGACCCCGGAUCCUGGCCCUGCAUGCUUUAUUCUGGGGCUUAGUGUCUCUUAGAGUGUUUGGAGCAGCUCUUCUUAGCGAUGAGAAGGCAGCAGUUGUGGUGACGAAGGCGGUUACAGCACCAUGUUGGCAGCUGGAGGAGUUUGUGGUGGCUAAAGAGUGCAGUGCAUGUGAAGGAUUGCAAUCGAAAACUAUACCAGCCUGCAGCCAAACAGGAUUUGUAGAAAAGAUCAACUGUACUAAAUCUAACAGAGAUGAAUACAAGAGCUGUCGCUCUACCAAAAUGGAGGAGCAUCUCUUUUGGAAAUUUGAGGGUGCGAUGCUGGCUCUCACUGUUGUCUUUGCAAUGCUGGUGGUCGCUAGACAACGCUCACUUGACCGCCAAGCCUCAGACAAGGUUCGGCGACAGAUAGAGUCUAUUUAAUAGACCGGACUUUACUAAAAGUUAAUGGGCCUGUGGCCCGGUGUUAUAAACUCUCAGCAAAGAGCAUAACCCUACAGUUCAUGGAGGCUUCCAGACUUUAUCACUGGUCUCAUAUUACUGGACGCACAAAGACAAAGCUCUGACAUUACUUGUGGAUGCUGCUUUUGCGUAGGACUUGACUAACUAGAUGUGAAUCUCAAGAUCAUCCCAUCGAAUCAGCAAACAUUAUGCAAGAUGGGAGUCUGGUCCCUAUUUUGUAACAGAAGAUGUACAGAUCUGCGUAUACGUGUUCUUUCAAAUGCUGUGAAGGUGGUGUGUGUAGAACAAAAUAUGGGUGUGUGUUGCAUGUUUUCAAUAAUCCAAAAGCACAUCAAGUAUUUUCGAGAAUGAACCGUAAGUCUUGAAAGAAGAUACGAUACUGUGUUUCAUCGCAGUGGGUUUAUGUUAGUCAGGGUGAGUUUCAGACAAGUUUUUUUUUUUUUUUUCGUUUGGCUUCAUGCAUUUUGGAACACGCUACCAUUCAUGAAAUCACAGGUGACUUUUUCCUGAGUUUCUCCAAACUGACACACUCGUCCUUCUAUUAACAUCGAUGUGUUUCUUCCAGGAACAUUUAACAGUAAUUUAAUUAAUCUUAUACGUGCAGUGGCUGUUUGUAAAAUCCUUAUUUUCAGUAUAUACUUUCAUAGUGUUUUGACACGUUCUUUAGAGACUUGUAGGUGCUGUUUAUUAAAGUUUAAAAAAUUGUUCCAUUAAUAGCAUUUAUUUAAGUCUUUGCCCUCCUGAGUAAAAAUAAAUAUUCUGUGAACAAGCGUCUGGGUUCAUAACGUCAGUCCGAAAUACCAGCUCUGUACUCGUAUCUGACUGAUAUAUGCAAGAGUGCAUUGUAAUGUAUGAUAAAAGCUGCUUGGCUUAAAAUUAAGAGGAUGUUUUGAAAUCAACCCACAUUUUUUGUUUUAUUUUUUCUUUCUUUAUUAGCACUUGACAGAAAAAAAAUCAAUACCGGAUCUGCAUCUUGUUUAUUGAAGGUGAUAUUUUGUGCCAUCAUCUUCAGAGAGGCUUUACUCUCCUUGUUUUGGGUACAUUUCUAACAUUUCCCCAUAAGUUUAUUUACAUUGGUUUGACGGAAUAAUGCCUUUUUAUUAAGCCCUCUUUUUUUAACUACACAGGUUAAAAAGAAAAACACUCGAGUUUGGACUUUGUCCCAUAACUGAUAAUAAUGAUCUGCUUAAAAUGUAAAAGGUGUAUUUUUAUGAAAGGAUGAGCGACAUUUCCUGUCCUCUGUUGAUAAUGAACUGAGGAAUAAAUGUGGGGGAAAAGGAAUUGCCCUA